AUGAGCGACAACGAAGAAGAAACAAUUUUGUGCUCCUUGAUCUUUUCAAGCAGUGUCAUUCUUUCACAUGGCAGAAAAGUUAGGAAAAAAAAAACUGUAUGGGUGAAAGAUUGGCUCCAUCACAGAAAUGAAAGAGGAGCUUAUAAUACAAUUGUGAACGAAUUAAAAUUAACGGAUUUUGAGAGCUACCGAAGCUAUUUAAGAAUGAACACGGAUACUUUUCAGAAACUCAUCGACAUCGUUGGACCCAAGAUUCAAAAACAACGAACAAUGAUGCGAGAUCCAAUUUCACCUGAAGAGAAGUUAGCUGUCACUUUGCGAUUCCUUGCAACUGGUGAAAGUGACGAAAGUUUGAUGUAUCAAUUUCGAAUUCAUAAAACAACUAUCUCUCAGUUCAUACCAACUGUUUGCCAAGAAAUUCAUUUGUCUUUCAAGGAUCAAUACUUACAUCUACCUAACACCAAAGAGGAAUGGAUGGCGCAAGAGGAAAAGAUUCGAACGCGUUGGCAAUUUCCAAAUUGCAUUGGUGCUGCUGAUGGGAAACACAUAUCUAUUCUACAUCCUAAGGAUUCUGGGUCAGAAUUCUAUAAUUAUAAAGGAUUCUUUUCAAUUGUACUUCUCGCUAUAGUCGAUCAUGAUUAUAAGUUUUGCUUCGUGGAUGUUGGCUGCCAGGGAAGAAUAAGCGACGGCGGUGUUUAUAGAAACAGCUAUUUUUACAAAGCUUUAGAAAAUGGUGACUUAAAUCUUCCCGAUUGUAAGCCCCUGCCACAGUCUCCUGAUCCAAACUGGGCUCAUGAUCAGAACAACGAGCCUAUUCCUUACGUCUUUGUUGGAGAUGAUGCGUUUCCAUUAACCAACAACUGCAUGAAACCUUUCGCACAAAGGAAACUUACACCGAGAAAUAGAAUAUUCAAUUACCGUUUGUCACGAUUUCGCCGCAUUAGUGAAAACGCGUUUGGAAUAUGGGUGAACCGUUUCAGAGUAUUCUCCACCAAGCUCAUGCUAAGUCCUGAAAAAGCAACUAUCAUUACGCUUGCCUCACUCGUUUUGCACAAUAUGUUACGAGAUUUGUCGAAAGAGAGUUAUACACCUCAAGGGUUCAUCGAUUUUGAAUGCGAAAACGGAGAAGUUAAACUUGGGCGCUGGAGAGAAUCCAUUAUUCAGAAGUUGCCAGUGAACAGAAGUAAUAGAGCGACCAACUCAGCUGAGUAUAUCAGAGAAGUGUUCGCAGACCACAUUUAUGGACCAGGACAAAUACCAUGGCAAUGGAAUCAGCUAUAA